UCAAGGUGAUUCCUUUUACAAUGUCAACAUGACAACUGCCAUGUGCAUCUGUUAACCUAACCGUUAAAAUGGCUUUUUAAAUAAUAAUCCAUAACAAAGACUACAAAUUUUGAUCCAAGAAACAAAAACUAUUUAUUUAAGAAACACUUAGCACACUUUAAGAUGUCGAUGUUGGCCGAACCAAGACGCAAACAAAAGUGGUCCCUGAACCCCAGAGGAAAAGAAUGGUCCCAAGAUGCAAACAAAUUUGGCCAAAAAAUGUUGGAAAAAAUGGGUUGGCAAUCUGGUAAAGGAUUAGGAGCUAAAGAAGAUGGUAUUAAAGAGCACAUAAAGAUAUCCUAUAAAAAUGAUAGUAAAGGUAUGGGAUACAAAGAAUCAAAUGAUCAAUGGACAGAGCAUGAAACCCAUUUUAGCGCCCUUCUAGAGUCGUUAACAGGCGACGAAAAAAAUGUUGAGAAAAAGGUUAUUUCACUAGAACAAAAAUCACAAACAUCAAGAGCUAGAGUGCAUUAUAAGAAAUUUACAAGAGGCAAAGAUUUAAGCCAAUAUUCCGAGAAGGACUUAGCUAAUAUAUUUGGACGAAAGUCACUUAAGAAGCCAAAAAAGGAAGUUGAGGUAAAAGAAGAAUAUUACGAUUCGAAAGAAAAUGUGACAAGUAAUGAUAUGUUAGUAAAUGCUGGUUCUAUGAGAGAUUACUUUAAAAAGAAAUUGAAAUUACCGAAUUUAGGGAAAUCUAAUGGUUAUGUUAUUGGUAGCAAUGGAGUUCUACAGAAAGAAUCAGAAGCUGAAUCAGAGAGUGAAAGUAGACCAACUUUUGGUUUUGGUUUUAAUGUCAAAGAAGAAGCUGAACCAGAUACUGAAAGUAGACCAGCUUGUGGUUUUAAUGUUAAAGAAGAAAUUAAGUCGGAAUCCGAAAGUGAGAUGAGACCUUCAUUCGGUUUGGGAUUUAGUUCCUCUGCAAGCUCUAAACCUAAGAAAGAAUCUUCGAAAAUGUCUUUCGUAUCAUAUAUUUCUGAAACACCUGUUAAAAGGUCAGCUGAAGAACACGAAGAGGUGGUACUGUCUCCUAAAAAGAAGUCCAAAAAGAAUAAACAGAAAAAUGAAGAAAGUACAGUAGUUGGCAUUUCAAAUCCUAGUUUUAAUCCCAUGGGCACACCAGUUAAGGUUGAAAGACAUUCUUUAAAUCCCAUUGAAGAAGUCUCAACUGAAAUUGAGGAUAGUUUAAAGAAAAAAAGUAAAAAGGAAGAUAAUUUAGAAUGCUCCUUAGAUAAUUUAGAGGACAGCUCAAGAAAAAAGAAGAAAAACAAAAAGAAUACCUCGAUAGACACUAGUGAAGGUGCUAGUGAAGUCGUAACAAAGAAAUCUAAGAAGGUUGAACAAAAUUUGGAAGGUAUUGCAAAUCCAGCCUUUGCUCCCAUGGGCACACCUCUGAAAAUACAAAGGCAUUCUUUGGAUGUAAUUGAAGAAAGUAUCACAGAAAUAGAUGACAGUAUGAAUAAUUCCAAUAGCAAAAAGAAAAAUAAUUUAUCUACUAACAUAGAACAAUUAAAUGAUGAAUCUGUAGAAAGUGUUAAAAAAUCAAAAAGAAAAAAGAAUACGAAUGAUGUUUGUGAGUUCAAUAAUCCUACAUUUUGUGAAAUAGAUGAAAAUACCCAGGCAGCAGAUACCGAAAACAAUUCCUAUGAGGUAUCAACAAAGAAACUAAAAAAAGAAAAGAAAAAGAAGAAAAAUAUUGGUAAUACAGAUGAAACAAUUAGUACAGCUGUAGAAAUUUCAAUAGAUAAUCCAAACUUUGAUGCAACUGAAAAUGAAGAUGCUCCAAACUGUACGGAAAUUGAACAAAAUCCUUAUGAAGUGAAGGUGAAACUAAAAAAAGAAAAGAAAAUGAAGAAAAAUGUAGGUAAUACAGAAGAAACAAUUAGUGCACAUAUAGAAAUUGCGAUAGAUAAUCCUAACUUUGAUGCAACUGAAAAUGAAGAUGCUCCAAACUGUACGGAAAUUGAACAAAAUCCUUAUGAAGUGAAGGUGAAACUAAAAAAAGAAAAGAAAAUGAAGAAAAAUGUAGGUAAUACAGAAGAAACAAUUAGUACACAUAUAGAAAUUGCGAUAGAUAAUCCUAACUUUGAUGCAACUGAAAAUGAAGAUGCUCCAAACUGUGUUGAAAUUGAAGAAAAUCCUUAUGAAGUGAAGGUGAAAAAGAAGAAUAAAAAGUCGAAAAAUCUAGAAAUUGACAAUCCAAAUUUUGAUGAUACGCAAGAAGAUUCAAUAAAUGUAUCUCAAAUAGAAGAAAAUCCGUAUGAAGUAAAACUAAAUAAAAAGAAGAAGAAAAAGAAAGAUAAGAAGUUGGCUAACGAUAAUGCUGGUUUUGUAGAUAAUCCAGAAACUCCUAUCGAUAGCGUGAAUCCAUAUGAGGUCAAACCAAAGAAAAAAAAGAAGGCAACAAGUGAAGAUUCUGGUGUGGUCAAUCCCGCUAUUGAUCUAAAUACUCCAAAGGCAGAAGAAAGUGUUGAUUUAGUUGAAUGUGAUCUUAUGCUAAACAUCGUUUCUACUCCAGUGAGAACGGAAGAAAAGAAAACUGUUAGUUCCGUAGGUUCUGUUAGUAGGGUGGAAAGUGUAAAGAGCAGACGAAGUGUAAGGUUUAGUGAUGUGACACAAGAGUUUAUUAUCCCAAAUAACGAAGAAUUGAAAGAAAUGAGUAAAAAGGGAAAAAAGAAAAAGAAAGGUUUAGAUAACUUCAAUUUUGAUAAACAACAAACAAGUUUGGAUGAAAAUGUUGAUACCAUAGCAAGGACCUUGGAUGACUUCCAAGCAGAAAUAGAAAAUGAUAUAAACGAAGAAAAAACAAAGGAAUUAACGGAAUUUACGGCAGAAGACUUAAUGGUAGGUGAGGUGGGGAAUCCUCAUGGGGAAAAUGAAAAGUUGGCAGAUGGAACAAAGUUGAAGUUUAAAUAUGCCAAUAUGGAAACUAAGACGCCUUUUUACAUGUUAAAUAAAGUGGGAGCUAAGAAAUCAUAUAAACAUUUGAUUAAAGGGGACAUAUUGGUAAAAUUUAAAAAUACCAAUUUGCAUGAACUUAAAGGAUAUGCCACAAAGAAUACAAAUAAAGUUUAGAGAUUUGUAAUUUUAUGUAUUAUGUAUAUUUAUUAAAGUGAUUGUAAUUUU